AGCAAUUGUUGUGGAAGGUCUGUCUGUGUGUUCGCCGUAGAUCUGAAAGAUUUCCGUGUAAAUUCGGUGAUUAUUUUAGCAAUAUGGGGAAGUCGUUCGCAAAUUUUAUGUGUAAGAAGGAUUUUCAUCCUGCUUCAAAGUCCAACAUAAAAAAGGUAUGGAUAGCCGAACAGAAAUUAACGUUUGAGAAGAAGAAACAGGAAGACCUCAUGCAGGCUUACCUAAAGGAGCAGGAGACCUACAAUAACAGGUUGUUGAUGGGUGAUGAUCGAGUGAAAAAUGGUCUGAAUUUCAUGUAUGAGGCACCACCAGGUGCAUCUAAAGAAGAGACAAAGGAGGAGGGAGAAUCUGAGUACAAGUUUGAAUGGCAGAAAGUUGCUCCACGUGAGAAAUAUGCCAAGGAUGACAUGAACAUCAGAGACCAGCCUUUUGGAAUUCAGGUCCGUAAUGUGAGGUGCAUCAAGUGUCACAAAUGGGGCCACGUGAACACAGACAGAGAAUGUCCACUCUUUGGUCUGUCUGGAAUCAAUGCCAGCUCUGUUUCUACAGAGGGUGCAGGUCCGUCGAUGCACCCCUCCGAGUUGAUGGCGGAGAUGCGAAACAGUGGAUUUGCACUGAAACGAUGUGUGCUGGAAAGGAGUGCCACCGUUGGUGAUCUGUCGCGGGAUUAUGUUGUCAGUGAGGAAGAGGAGGAUCCUGAAACUGAAUUCCUGAAGUCUCUCACCACAAAACAGAAACAGAAACUUCUCAGGAAACUUGAUCGUCUUGAAAAGAAAAAGGAAAAAAAGCAGAAGAAGAAGAAAAAGCAGAAGAAGAAGAGCAAAGGCAAACACAAAAAGAAACAGGAGAGCAAUGAUUCAGAGUACAGUCGCUCUUCAGAUAGCAGCAGCAGCGACUCUGACUCCAAGAGUCGGACAAAGAAGAAGUCUCGGAAGCAGAGGUCAUCUAGUGACAGCAGUGGAAGCAGUAGUGAGGAAAAACCAAAGCGGCUUCCUCACAGGAAUACCUCCCAGGACCCUAACUCAAGGAAUGAGCAAAAAUCCACCUCUUUGAAGAGAGGCAGGAGCCCCAGUGGACAGUGCAGGAACAGAGUGAGUGAAGGCAGAGGUCAAGAGGACUGGACGGAGGGCAAAGAGGAGUCCAGUCGGGGGAGAGACAGACGCAACAGCAGUAGAGACGAACAGGCAGACUCUAGACGAAGGCAUGUCAGCCCAGGGAGAGGCUGGAGCCGUGAGAGAAACUGGGAGAAGAGCAGGGAUGUACAGGACAGAAGAGCAAAAGAAAGGAACAGGAGUAGAAGCAGAAGUAAGAGUAGAAGUAGACACAGUGAGAGGAGGAGGACAGACAGGAGCAGUAGCAGAGAUAAGAAGAGAAGUGGCAGAGAAGAGUCACGUAAUGUGGCCAAAGAAAGGGUCUAAGAUAUUUCAAGUGCUACAGCAAAAUUUAUUCAGACUUGUAAAGACUAAAAGUGGUAUAUUUACAUCUGAGUGAAGCAAAUAUUUGUACUAUGGCCUACUUGAUUCUUUGGGCAAGUUUUUCUGCGAAAUCUCCUUUUCUUUCUGGAUAAAACAAGUGCUUACUGGUUAAACAUUUAACAAUAUUCUUAAAUUUUAGACUUGACCUAUUCAUAGUAUAACUAAUGAAUAAUUGUACAACUUCUAUAAUCAUAAUGCUUACGUAGGUGGUUUUACAUGUAUAAUUAAAAUGCCUACGUUUUUCAGAACAUUUGUGAUUAUUCCCCCAAACCAGUUGCACAUGUCUAUGAAACUGAUAUCACUCAGCAAAAAGGCCCUCUCCCAAAUCACUGUCAUUACACGCUUUUUCCAGCAGGGGGUGCCAAGGUCAUUACUUUAAAAUGUAAUAUUCCAUGUCCUCGAAGAGAUGGUAUGGAGGUUCUUAUUACCGGGUUCUUUCAGUUUAAAAAAAAAAAAAAAAAGGGCAAGUUUGUACGG